ACAAAGCGAAGUUCCAAGUUCGUUAAUCUUCUUGAGAUCUUGACAUUCCUUGGAACAUGGAGAAGCUUCUUAAUCCUUACGAAAAGCAAUACAUGAAAAUGGCUAUGCUCAAACAUGAAGAAACUUUCAAGCAACAGGUAAAUGAACUUCAUAGGCUAUAUCAAGUCCAGAAGAUCUUGAUGGAAAACAUGCAGAUCAACAAGGGAAAUAAUGUAAGCUCAGGACUAGAGACUUUCAACAGAACAGUUGACCAUGAGACUGACCGGUUGGCGAGAAGAGAUUCCGGUGGUAAUAAUACAGAUAUUAUGGACGAGAGUGAGAUCGAGCUAACGCUUGGACCUUCAUGCUACAGUGGUGAGUUGAUGAGAAUGAACAAGAAGAAUAAGAACUCUUUGCCGGAGAUGAUUGACGAAAAUUUAAAUUCCGAUGGCUGGAGUUUCUGGUCGUCUUCGACAGGGUCAAGCAAUAAUAAUCACAACAAUCUUGAAGAACAAGUAAUCCAAGAGAAGUUGAUGAAACAUCAGAAUCAGAAGCAGCCAUGGCUUCGAGCAUUGACCUUGAAUAUUAUUUAAUAGUAUAUAAUAUUCAUAUUAACUAGUAUAUUCUGAAAUAGAUUUGCAUUUUUUUUUCUUUUUCCAAUUUAGUAGGGUUUUUUUUUUUUUUAACACGCCUCUUAUCAGGUGCUCUUUUUAAGGUUUACAAGGAUUUUCUUCUUUUUAGUAGUUAUUUUCUAGGUUUCUUGUAUGUCUAACUUUGCUUUUUUUUUGAAACUAAUGUCUUACUUUGGUUAGGAAGAUAUUAAUUAUUUCUGAGUUCAACAGAAAUGUGCAUUGCCAGACAUUGUCAUAUUCAGAUUAUAGUUAUAUAUAUAUCUACAUAAGGUUCGAUC